CGCCGUCCCGAUCCAUAUCCCGAGGCUUCGGUCCGCCGACGCAUGAGCAAGCGAUGAACACGGCCACUCCACUCAACGCGGCAUCACGAGUAGCGGCGUCUCCCCGUCCCUGAGCAGGCUGCGGAGGCGGCCAUCAUCACGCCGACUCGCCGAGGUCUCCUUGCCGUCGGCGCCAAUAAAAGCGAGAGGAGCCCUCCCGCUCUGGAAACCGCCAGCCAGCCCGUUCCCACCCGUUUCCCCAGCUCGCCCCCCACCUCAAUUCCACCCCCGCGGCGAGGUCCGUCGCCGCGGGGCGCGCCCAACCCAAAACCCUAGCUCCGCCGACGAUCCCGAGUCCUCGUCGCCGCGCGCUGCCCGGCCUCCCGCCCGCCCGCGGCUCCUUCGCCGCUUGUCUCGGGGGGUAGGGGGCGGCACGUCCUCGCGGAUGCGCGCGGCCUGCUCGUGGACCACGACGACAUCCCGCUCGCGCGCCGCGGGUCCUCCAUGGACGGGCCCGAAGGCGUGAGGGGGAAGGAGGAGGCGGCGCCGGGCCGCGAGGCUGGCGACGCCGAGGAGGCGGGGGACGGGUUCCAGCUCGUGACGCAUGGCAAGAAGAAGAAGAGGGCCAGUGGUCAGGAGGGUGGGGGCGCUGGCUCCGGCGCCGUCCUCGGUGCCGGGUCGGUGGGGGCGUUGACCAAGGACAAGGGAGCCGCGCCGGGGACGAAGCCGAAGGUGCCCUUCCACGAUCCAAGCAUUCCCCGGCCGCAGGAUGUGUACAAAAUCAGAGUGGAUAACUACAAACCGUUCGAGCAUGUCUGGCUGGAGCGCAGCGAGGAUGGCACCCGACCUGUUCACCCGCUGGAAAAACUGCCUGUUGAACACUUCGUCGACAGAAAUGUCCCUGAAUGUGAACCAGUGAAGCCAGCUGAUAUAGAGGAUACACCAUUUACGCUGGUUGAAGAUCACAAAGGCUUGAUGGAAUUAGCUAAAAAGCUGAAGAGUGUAACUGAAUUUGCUGUAGAUUUGGAGCACAAUCAAUAUAGGUCAUUUCAGGGUUUGACCUGCUUGAUGCAGAUUUCAACCAGAAGAGAAGACUUCAUUGUGGACACUCUUAAGCUUCGCAUAUACAUCGGUCUCUACUUGCAAGAACCUUUUAAAGAUCCAACCAAGAGAAAGGUAAUGCAUGGUGUGGAUCGUGAUAUAAUGUGGCUCCAACGGGAUUUCCACAUCUAUGUAUGCAAUCUUUUUGACACAGGACAGGCUUCUAGGGUCUUACAGAUGGAGAGAAACAGCCUAGAGCACCUAUUGCUUCACUUUUGUGGAGUGACAGCAAAGAAGGAAUAUCAAAAUGCAGACUGGAGGUCGAGGCCACUUCCUGAAGAAAUGAUCAAGUAUGCUAGAGAAGAUACACACUAUCUGCUGUACAUAUAUGACUUAAUGAAACAGAGACUACAAAGGGAGUCGACACCUGAAAAUGAUCUUCUUCUAGAGGUUCAUAAGCGCAGUAAUGAAAUUUGCUUACAGUUCUAUGAAAAGGAGCUGCUGACAGAUACAUCCUAUCUCCAUAUAUAUGGGUUGCAGGAACAUGAGUUGAAUGCAAAACAGCUGGCUGUUGUUGCUGCUCUACAUGGGUGGAGAGAUCGUAUAGCUCGUCAAGAAGAUGAGAGCACUGGUUAUGUAUUACCAAAUAAGGCUUUAAUUGAGAUAGCAAAGCAGAUGCCUACAGAUAAUGGGCAUUUAAAAAGAAUAGUAAAAUCAAAAUAUCCAUUUGUUGAGAGCAGUCUCGAUGAAAUCAUAUACACCAUUUGGAAUGCGCUUGAAUAUUCUUACGCAUUUGAAGGAAUAGCUGAGCAACUAAAGAAGGAACGGUUGGAACAGUUGGCAUUGAAGAGUGUUCCGGCCAGUGAUGAAACAACUAUUUUGGAUGCUGAGAGUGAUAGGAGUAAUAUUGAUCCAGCCUGUCAGUCUUCUGUGGCUCCUUCAUCAACUGCAAAUGUCAAUGUUGCUUCUGACGGUGGGGCUGGUUUUAUGAACGAAACAGCUUUGAUCAGCAGCAUCCACCUAGAGGACAAUACUCAGACCAUAUCAUCAACUAAGAUCUUCGAGACCUUGCCAGGGCUGACCAGACCAAUUAAUAAGGAUGCCCUGAGCAAUAAUAGAUAUCAGCAGGCUACUGAAGAACUUAAGAGACCCACUUUAGGAGCUUUGGGAAAUUCAGCACCUGGAAGACAGACAGAGAAUUUUGGAGGGUUUUCAAAGGAGAAGUUUCAGGGUGGGAGCAAUGUGGACAACUUUAGAUCUUCUGUGCUUCCUUACCAGCAGUUCUCUGGUGGGAUGAAACAUUCAGCUGCUAUUGGCCCCACAGAAUCAUUUUAUCCAAAUACUGGAAUACAGAGUGACAAUGCUUGGAUUCAAUCAACUCAGAUGAAUGAAGCGAUGCAGCUGGGCAAUGCGACUUACUACACACAGUUUCCGGGGUAUAGCACUGAAGUUGUAGGGAGCCAAUAUGAACCUGAGGGCAUGCAGAUGUCCAGCUACCUGUCUGGUUUUGAGCCUGCCUUUCAAUCAGUAAGCCAAAGUCCGGGAACAGGAGUACCUCCUGGUAGAAAUAAGGAAGGAAGUUUCCAGAAUCCGAUGAGACGACAAUCUUACCCGCCUUCUGGUAACAGAUAUGAUAGACCAUACCAGUAACCGCUCUGAUGUAUAGCAGAAGUAAAGGAAAGAUGGUCACGCCACAUUGAUCCUUCCUGUGCAGAAAUUGUCUGUGUAGAGAACAAAAACUUGGGCUGUUUUAGUUGCCCUCUGAAUGCCUCCCUGGAUUUUCGGCAUCCCACUAACUCAAAGGUGAGAAACCAAACAUUGACAGUAGAUGCAGGGUAUGGGAAUUGCCAUCACAUUGGCUCAUGUAACAGGACUAACAAACAUGUGUUGUGGUUCACUGGUGAAUAUCGGCUUUGCACAAAGUGGUAUACUGUAAUACUGGUAAAGUGUAGCUCCUGAAUACAGAAGACCUUGAACACAAACAGCUUUGUUCUGUCAUUUUUC